AUGGACUCCAGAUUAGGCUUGGAUCCUCGAUCUGCAGUUACUUUCGAACCACUCUUGCCUGCCCGUAAGCGAGAAGCGAUAAAUCGCCUCGGUUUACCUCACGUCGGAGCCGCUACGCAUAAUAAAGUGGUACUAAGGUUCAGCGUGCCUGAGGAUGUCUUCUGGGAUGCUGAGGCUGCACAUCUUGAGUGCCCUGACUCACGACUGCACAUUCUCAACUUACAUCGAUAUGGCAAACCUGGUGUUCUUUGUGCUCACCUUUGGGGGGGUGGCGGACUCAAUCCCUAUGGAAUGACUGAUGAAGAUGUGAUUGGCCAAAUUUUAGACAUUCUCGGUGGCAUGUACCCCAGAGCCCUGUCUUGUAAAGCUAAAAUUGCAUCUGUAUCUCCAGACGCGGAAACAGACACAAGUGCACAAACUAAUGCAAUUAAUUACCAGGACAGAAAUAUUGAAGGUAAUGAAGUUAAUACUAGUAAAUCUGUUGCGCCCGAAGUUGUCAACCAUACGUCAACCCUAGGUCGUCAUCGGCUGCCUAAGCCACUGGCCUAUUUGGUUACUCGAUGGUCUGAGGAUCCAUUUGCCUUGGGCGCCUACACAACUGGCGAGCCUGGUAGCUCAGAUUUGGAUAGACUAGCCUACGCCUCCAGUUUGCCUGUCCCUGAAGAGCGUGGUCCCGUUGUUAGGAAUUCUAGUAGCAUCUGUGGCACUAAUCAGGCGGCCUUUGAAGAUAACAUUCCAACUUUGGAUGAUACAGGUAAUGGGAUCUACAAGGCAAAACUCUCUCAAAAUAGCUGUUUAUCAGGCUCGGUGGAAAGUUUUGCUGAAGGCAAGCUUACAUUACAUACUGAUGUUAGUCACACCUCAUUUAUCAGCUCGCGGUCUCCACAACAAAGCGGGGCUGCAUUAUCCGAUAACUCUCGUUUUCCUGGUGCGACCUCCUUUGCAGACACAAUCUCUGGACAGCUGCCCUCCGACCCUGAACCUAAGCAUCCAUCCCAGGCCUCUUCUUUGGAGCUUGGUUUUGACCUUGAGCAACCUCUGUCUCAGCCAGUGGACUCUAAUGGUCACGCUAUUUUGGCCGAAACCGUAAUAACUUUUGACGAACAACAGAUAAGUGUCAAAGAUCUACAACCGGCUUGCCCACAGCUUUCUGAAUCAACUUUCUCCGAAGACACAGGCAGUUCGACUAGCUCCGAAAAUCACGCAAGUGCUUUCUCAACUAACGAUGGGUCAAAUGAAUUGGUUACUCAGGCUGAUGUCGCCUCAUUGGAGUCAAACAAGCUAUCUGCACCCUUGUUACAAUCGGCCCUGGCAGUCUCCACUGUUAAGUCAACAAAAGCCGAGAUACAAUUAAUUUCGGCUAUACACGAAACUUCACCUGUAACUCAAGAUCUGCUUGUCGACCCGGUCUCUUCCUUGUCUUUCUCUGCUAUGGAAGUCAGUCCAAGCGCCAAGUCAUUUGUUGGACCUUUGUCCACUUGCUCCUCAGCGACCGAUAAGUGCUCCACAGGAUCGGCCGUUUCUUUAAGUCUCUCAGAGACGACUACGCUACUGCCCACAGACGCAAGUUUGGCUUCUCCAUCUUCUGGUGCUAUGGUCGAGGAAAAUACUGAGGUCGUCUUACUUACUGAUGCCACUGCUCUUGAACAUUCUCAAAACCUCGGUCGCAUUUCGUCUGUUGCCAGCUGCCCUCCUUCAGAUUCGAGUGCUGUCUUGGUUUCACGUCCAUUUGAAACUUCUUAUCAAACUUCACAAAUUACAAACAACAUAGAAAUGACACAGUUACUUCCUAAUUCAGUCAAUCAAAAGUUCGCUAAGCUGAUGAGUUCGGGACUGGCUUCUAGUUCCGUAGUUGAAGUAUUCUUUACUAGACCAUCAGAGUCAAGUGAGAACUCUCAGUUACCAGCCUCUUCCGUUACAGUAAAACUGGAGCCUGCUGAUAUAUCGAUGGAUUUGUGCAUAUCAGGUCAGGAGACUCGGCCAGACGAAGAUUUGAAACCCACCUCUGAUCUUAUUGAUACUGGGAAGGAUGAGACCUACACUGAAGACCCAAGUGUUUCUCAACUCCCUUCUAAAGCCUUCCUUAGUUCAGAUACUCAGAUAAAUGCAUCUCCAUCACCUCCUCCCACCGUUACGUUGUCCGGCUGGGCAGAUGAGUCUCCGCCACCACCUGCGAUUGCGAUAGCUUCGCGUGAGUACGAGAUGCGUUUGGAGCCGCCUAGACUUUUGUUUGCCGGCGAAGGCACCCUUACUGCCUCAGAAGCCAAGGUAAUCGGUGUCACAACCACCACAAUAUUCAGUUAG